CUCCUGCCGUCCGCACGGUGCGAGCGAGGUGCGAGGCGGCAAACGUGCUAACGCAGGUGGCGUCCCAUAAAAGGCACUUACCCCUCUCCCAUGGCACCAGAGUCAACCCAUCCGGCCUCUUACCGUCCGACCGGCUAAGUCCAGGUGGCUCCAGCACACACGGAACGUUGGCCGACACCAGUGCUCUACGAAUGAUAUCGUUCAAGGCGUGGUGCCGUGGGAACCUCCCUGCGCACCUGCGACAACUUAAAGCAUGGUGCCCGUUGCUCUCCACCAUCGAGCCGCAAAUGCAUUGAUGUGGUUGACAAACAUCGCAGCCGAGACGAAGAGCAACGGCCACCCGCAACGAGUCAUUGUCGAGGAGGGUGCCAAAGUUCGGGGAGGGAAGGGCGUGUAACCAGGCCCCAGAUUCCGGUGCCGAAGCCGCCACCAGUCUAGCCCUAUCCGCACCAGAAGCGUUGUUCAAGAGACUGGCAAAAAGACGUUUAAUGCCUACCUCGUCCCACAAACGCUGCAGAAACGGCUUUUCAGGCACCUGCGCACCCGGGUUGAGAGCCUCCCAGACCGACAAGGCAUUGGAAGCGAAAGGUAUUAUGACCUGGUCACGAUUCAAAGAUAAAAUCCUAGUGACAAGGUCCACCACUCCCGCCGCCGACGCCAGGAAGGCCGGAAGACACACAUCACGUACGCGCCGUAUUCCAAUUCCACCGCUACGUACUGGUAACGAAGCCAAAUCCCACUGUUCUGGACCCAAACACACAUUCAAAAUACCUUCCGUUAACUCUUUCACCACAAAGUCAAAAGAAUCCAUGUGGCCGGGGUGCAUCCAGACUGGGGAAGUGCGCAAAAAGUACGUCACCUUCGGCACGGCGAAACAGGAUCUCAGCAAAGUAAGUGCGACGUGACCCGAGAGCUUUUUUAACUUCUCACCAGCAGACCUCAGAAGCUGCUCUCUUACUUCGAAGGCUUCAGGUAUGGCUGCGGGAAAAAUCGGAGAGCCCAAAAGAUAAAAAUUCCCUGAAGUUAACUCUGUGAGACCAGGGAGCAAGGUUUCAAACUUGGCGAAGGAAAGCUGUGAG